UCUUCUUAAUAUUGGCCUUUGAAAUUCUUCAAAAAAAAAAAGUCCUUUGAAAUUCUUCACAAAGAAACAAAAAUUCCUUUGAAAAGUUGAUUAUAUAUUGACUGGCGUUCAUUUGGUGAGAUUUCAAGAAGAACUCCAUGUUCAUCGAUUCAUCAGAGUUUACACAGAAGAAACCGAACCAUGCAACUUCAUAAUUUGUUACUGCUGAUCAUGCAUUUUUCUUUUCUUUCUUUGAUUUUCUAUUUAUAUUCUGAAGGUAAUGUUAAAAGCUUUUAUGUUUUUAGUUUUCAAUGGCUUUCCAAAACCUGGGUGAAAUGUGCAGAACUUGUAUAUAUUUUAGCUCUUCAUCAAAUGUUGUGUUAAAGAUUGAUACUUUUUGAACUUCUGUCUGCUUUUGAUUAGAUUAUCAAGGAUAGUUGUGAUUUUGGACUGUCUAAUUUUGUGGGUUGAUUUGAUUAUCUAAAAGAAGAAUGCAAAGCGAGGUUAUCACGUUAAAGGGGUUAGUAGACAAGGAAAACAAUAGAGUACUAUUUGUAGAAUCUGAUAAGGAUUUUAUUGAUAUGCUCUUUAGUUUUCUCACAAUGCCUAUGGGAGCAAUUAUUAUGCUCACAAAUAAUGACCAACCGGCAAUUAGAGUAGGUUGCAUGAACAAUUUGUAUGCGAGCAUAGAAAAACUUGAUGUCUGGCGAUUAAGGACUGAGGCAUGUAGAUCAAUGUUACUACAUCCUCGGAAUGGAGCUGAAGAUCAGUGCAGGGAACUAAAACUUCAACUUAUUGAUAGAGAAACUGUCAAGUUCUUUUACUGUGACAAUGCAUCUAAGUGCAAAUUGGUGAGUCAAUAUGAAGGUACUAUUUGUGACUGUGGAAUUAGAAUGGACUCUUUUGGGUACGUAUGGAAGGGUCAGUUAAAGGAAAAAGUUUCUGAUUCUCAAGAUGGUGUCUUUGUUAAGCAACUGGCUAGAGUUACGAUAAGUGAUGAACUACAAGUGAUGCCUCCUUCAGCUGCAUCAAGCUGUUCUUUGCUUUCAAAGAUUGGAGUUAUCGAUGCAAAUGCCAUUGAGGAGAGAACAUUUGACAUUGGAGUAGAUCAGGCUGUGAAUUUGUUGAAAAGCUCAUUGGUAUCCAAGACACCAUUGACAGAAACCUUAUUGAAGCCAAAAGAAAUACCUGAAUUAAGCAAGGAAGCGUCCAAUCAACAAACUUUCUCUCUUAAAACUAAAUCAGGGGAAUACACAUCUAAAGGAAAAGACAAGAUCCUUGUUAAGCUCAUGCUGAGCAAAUCGAACAAAAAGGUUUGUUUUGCAGAGGUUGGUGAAGAUUUUGUUGACCUACUCUUCAGCUUCCUUACUGUGCCACUUGGUUAUAUAUUGAAAGAAAUGAACGGUGCUGCUUCAAAUGGAUGCAUCCAUCAUCUAUACAAUAGUAUUGAGUGUCUUGAUGUUGAGAAAUACUUCAAGUCAAAUGACCACAAAGAGAUUCUACUGAGUCCCAAGAUUGCUCCUAACUUGGGUUAUGCGAAUCAGCUACUGAGGGUUGAGGAAGCUGUGACAAGUGUUUAUAAUCUACGUGAUGAAGCGAUUAACUUAAGUGUCAAGGAUCCUAAAUUAUCUCACAAGAUAACUAAAACCAGCGGAGGAUUUGUGAUGAUGGGACCAGCAUUGUUUACAGUAACUGAUAAUCUGAUUGUGACUCCCAUAUCCCCCAUAUCAGGAGUAUCUAUUUUAAGCAAAUUGAAUGUGCCAUUUAAUGAGGUCGAGGAGCGCUCUGUUUAUGUGGGCACUGAGGAGGCUGUGCAUCUCAUGGUAGCUUCUUUUAUGUCGGAAUCUGCUUUAACCGAUACUUUUAUCUCCCAAGUACCCUAUGUUCCGAAACAAGAACCGUGAACAUUUCAUUGGUCUUUUAAUGUUACAACAAAAAGAUGUGUAUUUUCUGUGCAAAAGGUUUUGCUGUUUUGUUAGUCUUUACUAAUGUAUACUAUUCUUGUCAACUUACCUUCAAUAUAUGCAUUGUGGUUGUGAUAAA